ACAAUAAGAGAUUGACCAAAUACGAGGGCGAUGGCAACAAUCAAGGGGGUCUCCAGUUUCAGUGCGGAGCAAGAAGCACAGGCACUAAGGAAGGCUAUGAAGGGAUUUGGCACAGAUGAAGAUGCCAUCAUCGAGACCUUGACCAAACUAAACGUUUCCCAACGUCAGCAAGUUCUGAUCACCUAUAAAAGCAGUAUUGGCAGGGAUUUGAUUGAUGACCUGAAGUCUGAGCUGAGUGGGAAUUUUGAAAGGGUCAUCAUUGGUAUGAUGACUCCUACCACCACGUACGACGUGCAUGAACUGCGGAGGGCUAUGAAGGGUGGAGGAACAGAUGAAGGUUGCCUGAUUGAAAUUCUGGCUUCUCGCACGAACGAAGAGAUUCGGCGCAUUAAUGAGAACUACAAACUUCAAUAUGGCCGUACCCUUGAGGAGGACAUUGUCUCUGACACAUCUUCCAUGUUUCGAAGAGUCCUUGUGUCCCUCGCGACAGGAAACAGAGAUGAGGGAAUGUAUGUGGAUGAAGCCCUCGCUCAGCAAGAUGCUCAGUGCCUGUAUGAAGCUGGGGAGAAGAAAUGGGGAACAGAUGAAGUACAAUUUAUGGCCAUCCUCUGUACACGGAACAGAUGCCACCUACUAAGAGUUUUUGAUCUGUACAGAGGGAUUGCUGAUAAGGACAUAACAGACAGCAUUAAAUCUGAGAUGUCAGGAGACCUCGAAGAUGCUUUGUUAGCCGUGGUAAAGUGCAUGCGAAAUAAACCUGCAUAUUUUGCUGAAAGAUUGUAUAAAUCCAUGAAGGGCUUGGGAACAGAUGACAACACGCUGAUCCGAGUGAUGGUGUCCCGCUCUGAAAUAGAUCUGCUGGAUAUCAGAAGGGAAUUCUUGACCAUGUAUGGGAAAUCGCUCUACUCCUUCAUUAAGGGAGACUGCUCAGGGGACUAUAGGAAAGUUCUGCUCCGACUCUGUGGAGGGGAGGAUUAAAGGAUGCCUGGUGUGCUGCCUGGGUGAUGGGAAG